AUGGCGACUCAAUCACUUCCCUCCACGCCAAAAGCGACACCUCCAAUGGCUGCGGCUCCAGAGGGAAACUUGACCCCUGGAAAAUGGCGACACCCUCAGCUCGAUGAGAUUGUUCGGCGUCAAAAUGCAGCUACAUUUGACGAGAAAAAUGUGAAGAAGCUGGGUUGGAAUGCUGCAGCUCUGAUAAUGACUUGGACAUUUGGUCCUGCAUUCGAAACACAUACACGUCAAAUCUUUGAUGCCAACCAUGGGUAUCACGAGAUUCCAUUCGCUCUCUUACGGCUCUUCUUCGUGUUCAACAUCCUAGUGGCGCUCUCUCCUCUCUUCCGACCCAAGGACAACCUCUCUGACAUUCCUCUUACCCCCACUCAGCGCUCCCUCCUUGGUCUGGAUCCUGCCGUCACGUCCCCGGCCACUCCUGGGACAACCUUUGUCACUCCGCCCAGAUACCGACUGUCCACCUCACGCAAGGCUAGCCCAGCAAGUAGAUCGACUUCACCCAUGUCAGCGAAUGCAAGCUUUUCUGAGCGCCGGUCUUCUAUCGGCACACCCUUUUCACCUGUCACCAGCCCGCUCUUUCACAAAGCUGUCUCCAAUGGAGACAGAGAAUCCGCCCACCGGCAGAGUUUCGGUUCAACUUCCAAUGGAGGCAGAGAAUCCGUUCACCAGCAGAGUUUCAGUUCAACUUCCAAUGGAGGCAGAGAAUCCAUUCACCGGCAGAGUUUCGGUUCAACUUCCAAUGGAGGUAGAGAAUCCGUUCACCGACAGAGUUUCGGCUCGACUUCUCCUCUAGCUCGCAGCAGCUCCUUUGGAGAGUCGGCCAUGUCAAGCCUGGGCCCAAAUCUGCCAUACCCCGUGUUCAAGCCAAGAUCUCGCGCCCGGACAAUUGGGAACACCAACCACUUCUGGCACAAACAUAUAGGCAGCGAUCUUGCUCACAUCCACAUUGGUCUCUUGUCUUCCGCUAUGGGGGCUUCAGAAUCCAAGCUCGUCUUCAAACAAGGCAUCUUCCGCCUCUCGGAGGAACAGGAGAUCCCCGCAGACGACCCCUACUGGAUUAGAUUCUGGGAGCUUCCUGAAUCCACCGAAGAUGUCUUUAGUUUAUUUACGCCGGCGGACAUUCGACGUACGCGCGACCAUGCCUUACCCAACUUUCAAACCCUCCUACUUGCAGUCACCUCGAGGCUGAUUGUCUUGAAAAAUCAUCCCUCGUUUCCCGACCCCGACCUUGCUCCCGAGCGUGACGUCCUCAACUGCAUUCGCAUCCUGACCCGCCUUCUCCCUUAUGUUUAUGAAGCGGAACAUUUGGAGGGAUGGGAAGAGAACUUCUUCUGGGCGCGCCGAAGGAGGAGGACCAGACAAGCGCAGAUUUCUGGAGAGGUUCUCUUUGAUGAGGCACAACCUGAAGACGGCGAAGGAGGAGCAUUGCCACGCACAGAUGAUUACGAAGAUGUGAAGCCUCUGGCCGAGGAACUGAUAGACACAUUGCUAGAGUUACUGUUCUUUGCCGACUUCACAAUCCCUCGACUUCCAACUGCGAAGAGCAAAGUCUCAUUUUCCAUCUGGCAGAGUGGUGUUGGCUGCAACACGGCUAUGGGCUCCAACAAAGCCCUGGAGAGCAACCGAUGCGAGAUUCUUCGGCUUAUGCUUACGCUAACCGGAAAGGCUAUGUAUUUGCCAUCCAAUACAUUGCCUGUCCAAGGUGUCAAGGCUAUAACUUACAUCACAACUUGCCAAGAUAAACAGGCUGUUUUGACCUUGCUCUGCUCUCUUCUCAACACGGCAAUGAAGUAUAACCCCGCGUCGUGGAGAGUUCCAUAUGACCACGUUGUGUGGAAGGAUCCCAGGCAAAUAUUAGUGAUCUACUGCGUGCAGCUUCUCCUUGUCCUCCUUUUGUAUCCCAUCCCAGAAGAUGGUCGCGGAACACCGCCGAAAAACUAUUAUCGUCAUUAUUUCGGCAGGCUACAUAGACCUCAAGACUUCCAAUUCUUGGUGGAUGGCAUGACAAGAAUUUUGAACCAGCCGAUGCAAGCCACAACCUCUUAUCUUCCCGGAAGUCAGAGAUCAGUAAAAUGGGCCCCGGAGAUGUUGAUCCUGUUCUGGGAGACGCUACAAUGCAAUAAAAGGUUCCGAUCAUUUAUCAUUGACUCCAAUCGCUCCCACGACUUCCUUGUGUUGUGUAUGUUCUAUGCCGUGGAGUACAGGAUGGAUGCUUCGAAGCAAGGCGUCGUCCGGAUGUGCGUCUUUAUUCUUCAGACAAUGAGUGCAGAGCCAACAUUCGGAAAGAGUCUGAACAAGAGUUUUGAGGCCCAAGAAACCCUGCCACAAUCUAUUCGGUUGCUCAAGUUCCGAGGAUCAUACGCCGACUACUUGAUCAUGUCAAUUCACAACCUGAUGACAACCAGCAAAGGAAAUCUGGAUACCGUUUACCCUGCCCUUCUGAUCAUUCUCAACAACAUUGCUCCAUAUAUCGAGCGUAUUUCCCCGAGCGCCUGCUCCAAGGUCAUCCAACUCUUCUCUUCCAUGUCUGCGCCCAGCUUCUUGUUGGCAAAUGAAACCAAUCACACCCUUCUUGCGUCAUUGCUUGACUUCAUCAACAUCAUACUGGAGCAUAAAUUCACCGAUAAUCCUUAUCUUGUCUAUUCUAUACUCAAAUACAAGCAACGCUUCGAAGCCGUGCGGGCUUUCACUCUCGAAAGUGGUCAGCAAGAAAUUGAACGCCAAAAUGAGAAGAGGAAAGCCAGCAGUUCAUCGGAUAUGGCCAUGAGCCCGACGUUUUCACAGUCAGAAGAUGACUUACAUACCCCAUCCGGUGCCCGGUCACCGUUGACUCGGAUCCCCGAGGAGAACAGUCCAUUUGCAAUUGGCGAUGACGAUUCUGAUGAUGAACAUGAUCAAGAUGGAGCACGAACCCCAUCACAAUCACCCUCAGCUCAAACCUCACGGAGGCCAUCGGCAGCAUCGACUACAGAUGAAAAUGGGGUGCAGCAAGUACGAGCAAUGUCCGAAAAGGCACGAGGAAAGAAACCUGCCGGCCAUCCUCCUUUCUCCCGACAGAACAGCAUGACCAGUCAAACAAGUAUGUCUGCUUUGUUCACGCCAUCGGCGUGUGGCUUCACACCGACUGUGCCAUGGCUUGAGUCAUGGUUGCCUGAGCUACCUUUACACACAAUCCUCACAAUCAUCUCAGCCAUUUCACCACACAUUCCCGAAGCAGCGCUUGUAAGCGCAGCUAGCCCAGACGCUCGCACACUAGUUCACAACCUUGCAUCAUUUUCUGACGAGCCCGAGGUCGCGAGCAUCAUCUCCGAACCAACCCCCGUUCGCAUGCAAUCAUUCGAAUGGUCCGCACUUUCCAUGGGCUGGUAUGAAUCGCUCCUGUGGGGUUUCAUCUUCUCCAGCGAGAUGGUAGUCGGUUCAGCUUCUGGCGCAACACCAGGAACUGUUGGUGUUUGGAAUGGUACAUCCAUUAAACUUUUCCGAGUUCAAGAAGCUGCCGCUCAAGGCCCAACCUUGCUUGCGCCUAAGGGGGCGGUUGAUGCUGUCGGCAGCAACCUAGUCCAACGCAUCGGGAACCUUAGCCUUCGCGGCCGGAAUUCCCAAGAUUCGGGAGCUGCCCCCUCGCCAAGUGUGCGGGAAGUUUGA